AUGGCUGUUCUACAAAGCCUAUUGUUAUGGCUUAUGGCAGUCCUGCCUUUUGCGCAGUACUGCCAGGCGAAGACAGUGACUCUGGAUUUCAAUGUCUCAUGGGUCAAUGUGAACCCCGACGGUCUUCAUGAGCGCAAGGUGGUGGGUGUUAACGGCCAGUGGCCUCUGCCCGUCAUUGAGGUAGACAAGGGUGAUCGCUUAGUUGUCAAUAUGUACAACGGGUUGGGCGACAAGGACACUACCAUCCAUUGGCAUGGCAUGUUCCAGAAUGGGACCAACAACAUGGAUGGUCCGUCAAUGGUUACCCAGUGUCCAGUCCCUCCUGGUUCCUCGAUCACCUAUAAUUUCACUAUUCCGCAAAAUGGCACUUACUGGUACCAUUGUCACACUGAUGCCUGUUACCCGGAUGGAUAUCGCCAAGCUUUGAUUGUGCACGAUAAUCAGUCAUACUUCAACGAUAUGUAUGAUGAAGAAUAUACCGUGACCAUGAGUGAUUGGUACCACGAGCUUGUUGAGGAUAUUCCGUUUAUCCGUGUUGAAAACCCUACUGGGGCCGAGCCUGUUCCGGAUUCCUUCCUCUUCAAUGAUACCGUGAGCGCCACGAAUAUCCCCGUCGAAGCAGGAAAGACAUAUCUACUGCGAUUGAUCAAUAUCGGUGCCUUUGUGGCGCAGUAUUUCUACAUCGAGGAUCACACUUUUCGGAUUGUUGAAAUUGAUGGCGUGUAUGUUGACGAACAAGAGGCCGACAUUCUCUAUAUCGCCGUGGCGCAACGUUAUUCUAUCUUGGUUACCAUGAAAAACUCGACGGACAAAAAUUAUCCAAUCGUGACCGUUGCCGACUCCGAGUUAUUAGAUACGAUUUCGCCCACCCUUAAGCUCAACCAGACCAACUGGCUUGAGUACAAUAGCAGUGCGGCUCACCCUCAGGCUGUGAUGACGGUAGACACUGCCUCCGACCUUGUUCCAUACGAUGACUUCAAGCUUGUUCCCCACGACCGGAUGGCUCUUCUCCCGGACCCGGACAUGACCAUCGAGGUCGAUGUCAUUAUGGCUAACCUGGAUAAUGGUGCGGGAUACGCAUUUUUCAACAAUAUUUCCUACACGAAGCCAAAGGUCCCAACAUUAUACUCAGUCCUUACAUCCGGGGACUUCUCCACCAAUGCCGAGGUUUACGGCGAAUACACACACCCGUUCAUUCUAGAGCAUAACGCCGUCAUUGAGGUGAUCCUCAACAACCAGGACACGGGUUCCCACCCCUUCCACUUACACGGCCACAACUUCCAAGUCGUCAGCCGCACUCCCUCUUACGGUGCUUCUUUCUACGACUUCGCUGAGGGCGACCCAGUCGCUUAUAAUGCUACCGAAAACCCCUCCAGUAGUUUUCCGAAAUACCCUGCUCGUCGAGACACCUUCGUCGCACCUCCACAGGGCAACUUUGUUAUCCGGUUCGUGGCCGAUAACCCGGGUGUUUGGUUCUUCCACUGCCACAUCGACUGGCACUUGCAGCAGGGCUUGGCAAUGUCAUUUAUCGAAGCGCCCGAGGAGCUUCAAAAGCAGAUGUCGUUGACCGACAACGAAAUCAAUAUCUGCAAGACUGCUGACGUCUCAUACGAAGGCAACGCCGCGGCUAACACCGUAAAUCUGCUUGACCUCACUGGUCAAAACAAGCAGCUCCCGUGGCUGCCCGCUGGAUUCACAGCAAAGGGUAUCGUCGCGAUGGUCUUUUCCUGCGUGUCUGCCUUUAUGGGUAUGGCUUUCAUCACUGUAUAUGGCCUGUCUGGUAUCGAAUCCAAGAAGCAGGAGACUGCUGUAGUCGCCGAGCAGAAUACUCUGUGA